CCUGGCAGAAACGAGUGGCAACUGGCAGAACCGCGCCGGGCUCUCUCUGCCGGGCAAUUCGCCAAGUGUGGCCCUGAGCGCAGCGGCCUCACGUCCACUUCCCGGCCCGAGGCAGACUUCCCAAGUUCUGCUGCCGGUGGCUGAGCAAGGGGCAGGACGGCGCCCGCUCCCAGUCGCUCUGAACUGGCAUUCUCGCCCCCAAACCUGUUCUGACGCUGUUCCCCGAACGCUGCGACUCCCGGCGGCCCCAGCCCAGUGGGAGAGGCGGCCAUGAGGUUGGCAGGUCCCCUCCGCAUUGUGGCCUUGAUCCUCACCGUUGGCCUCACCUGGAUUGUGAUCAGCACCCUCCUGGGCGGGCCAGGCAGCGCCUUUUCACGAAUCCCGCAGCUCUUUGCCAGCCCAGAGAACUCCGUGACAGCAGAGCCGCGGGCCAGGAAGUACAAGUGUGGGCUGCCCCAACCAUGCCCCGAGGAGCACCUGGCCUUCCGCAUGGUCAGUGGGGCGGCCAAUGUCAUCGGGCCCAAGAUCUGCCUUGAGGACAAGAUGCUCAUGAGCAGUGUCAAAGACAACGUUGGCCGUGGGCUGAACAUCGCCCUGGUGAAUGGGGUCAGCGGGGAACUCAUUGAGGCCAGGGCCUUCGACAUGUGGGCCGGAGAUGUCAACGACCUGCUGAAGUUCAUCCGACCGUUGCACGAAGGCACGUUGGUGUUUGUGGCUUCCUAUGACGACCCGGCUACCAAGAUGAACGAGGAGACCAGGAGGCUGUUCAGUGAGCUUGGCAGCCGCAACGCCAAAGAGCUAGCCUUCCGAGACAGCUGGGUCUUCGUGGGGGCCAAGGGCGUGCAAGACAAGAGCCCCUUCGAGCAGCAUGUGAAGAACAGCAAGCACACCAACAAGUACGAGGGCUGGCCUGAGGCACUGGAGAUGGAAGGCUGCGUCCCGAGAAGGAGCACAGUCAGCUAGCGGGCCCCUCCUGGCGAGGGCGUGCUUGCCACACACGCUGGGCUCUGUGGUGGUCACUCACUGAAGCGUGGCCUUGAGGUGGUGGUGGGCGGGUUGCUGGACUGGCCCCACCACACUCUGUCACAUGACCUCAGGUACCCAAGUCCUUCUUGUCCUAAAGCUGCUCCUCACAGGGACACACACACCUGCUGUCGCCAAGGAACAGCAUCACAUCCUGCCGGGCAUCUUCACUGGCUCCCUUUCUUCAGGGGCAACCCGCUUCACUGUGAUGCCCUGUGGCAGCGAGUGGCCACUUCCUUGGUCUGGGGGCACUGUCUGCAAGAUGGCCUCGGAAUAAACGGAUGGCUCCAAGUGGA